CAACCCUCCCCUCAUACCACCCAGCAGCACACCCAACGCAACGAAGCAGAAAUCGAACAAGCCCGCACAGCAGUGCUAGCAUCCAUGUCAAACCUGGUAGACCGGGAACUGACAGGGCGCGCAGCACUGUUGCACGCCAACAACGCAGCAAUUGAGCGGCAGGAGCGGGAUGUGGCGCGGGCGGUUGACGGACUGCGAAGGGAAAAUGAUCGGCUGGCGCGUGUCGCCGAGACACAUGCGAGGAAGAUCAAGGAGAUUGGGAAUGUCCAGAACUGGGCCGAGAUGCUGGAGAGGGAGUUUGUUAUUUUGGAGGAGACUUUGAGGUUGGUUAAUGGGAACAAAGGGGAGGGGGAUGGGAGGGAUAGAGGAGGAGGAGGAGGAGGAGGAGGAGGAGGAGGAGGAGGAGGAGGAAAGGGGUGA